UCCAUGACAUCAUACUGGACAAAGCAGCGAAAGAAGGAGGGGUUCUAUCUAGCGCGGGGCUAAUCGUCCCCAAUGGACGAUUUCAGGAUCUGUGCAUAUUAGUACUCAGAACACAAGGAAACACACAUUUCCUGCAUUCCGGGGACCCUAAAAAGGAAUGUAGGCUAUAUCACAACGUGAAGGCUUCUGUAUGACGCUUUGUUCUCCAGAUCACUACUCCUGGGUGAUCCGUGGUUUGUGGAUAUUAUAGGCUACAUUCGGUUUUCUUGGCAUGAGCAGAUACUGAGGUGCAUCUUCAGCAUGGCAAUACUGGCUCUCCUGGUUCCGACUCUUCUGGUUGUGAGAGUGCAUGCGGUCUUUGAAGUGCAGGUCCCAGAGCUGCCAGUGGUGGCGCUGUAUGGGAAAGACAUUGUCCUGAACUGCACCUUCCCCCCGGGCACCCCCUUCAACCUGUCCCGGCUCAGCAUCUUCUGGCAGCUGACGGACACCAGGCAAAACGUCCACGCCUUCUGGGGCGAGAGGGACCAGCUGGUGGACCAGGGCGAGAGCUUCGCCAACCGCACCAGCCUCUUCCACUCCAAGCUGGACGCCGGCGAUGCCUCCCUCCUGCUGCGCAGGGUGCAGAUCGCCGACGAAGGCAGCUUCACCUGCUUCGUGAGUGUGGAGGAGUACAAUAGCGCUGCACUGCUGGUACAAGUCGCAGCUCCUUACUCCAAACCCGAGGUCACCGGGGAGGUGGACGCGAACCUGCGCCCGGGCGACGAGGCGUCCCUGGCCUGCGAGGCGUUCGGCGGGUACCCGCAGGCCAGCGUGGUGUGGCGGGACGGGCGCGGGCACAACCUGACGGAAAACGUGACUACCUCCGCGGUUGCCAACAAGGAGGGGCUGUAUAGAGUGUACAGUGUCCUGAGGGUGGCAGUGGAGCCCAACAGCACCUACAGCUGCUGGCUGGUGAACCCCCUGCUGGGAGAGGAGGGUCAUGCCUCUGUCACCAUCACAGCUCAGAAUGCAGGAUUCCCCCCAGUGGCUCUGUGGGUGACUGUGGGCCUGGCUGUAUGUCUGCUGGGUCUGCUUAUCGCCUUGGCUGUUGUCUGCCACCGGAAGAUCAAGGAGAGUGAGGAAGCAGAAGCUGCUGAAGGCAAAGAAAAUGAAGAGGACGAAUCAAAGACAGCCAUGACACCACUGAAGAGCUAAGGGGUACAGAUGUGAAGGUCUCACUGUGAGCACCACAUGCCGUGACGCAAAGAAAAACACCCUGUCUUUUCCCUGUAAGACGCUGAGCACUGACUAAUGAAGAUGAGGAAGACAGUUUUUUUGCAAGUGUGUCAUAUCCAGCUCAGCAAAAAAGGCCUUGCAGAAUGCACACCCUUUACCCCGACAAAGUGAAGGAAUGCGAAGUGCACCCGAUGGAAGCAGCAGCCCUUUGGAUCCGCACUACCACCUGUCACACAUGACUUUGCCCAGCAAUGGAGGUCUAAAGAACUCUCUGCAUGUCCAUGUAUCUCUGCUCAUCUGUCUUCACUCGCUCGAGGGACCUGGAACUGGGGUAGAUGUUACGCUAAAAUGACAUGCAUGGGAGGAAACCAAAAACUGCUCAGUUGCUUUUACAGUGUUAUAAUAUUAAAUAGCAAGGAUAGAAAUGUUAGAUUUAUGAACCGUGUGGGCGGAGCUACCGGGUGCUGUCAGUCACUGACCCUUUUCACCAAUCGAAACCACUGCUCUCUACUGCAGGAUAUUAUGCUUUUAAACAGUGUACCAUCAACAGCACGUGCUAGCUCAGCCCAUUUUUGAGGCACUUUAAACCUCAAUCUCUCACUGAUAUUUUAAAUGUCUUUUAAUGAAUUCAGAAUACAUCAGUUUUAAUGCUUUCUUUGAGAUUCAUACAGGUACUGCACUAUAUUCUGGCACAAAAAAUGCAAAAUCUGCACAGAAGUACAGUUCACUGCCAGGUCUUGUUUGAAUGUGUCUAGAUCUGGAAAGUGCUUGUGCCAAAUGUCAGAGCCAACCAUGAAAUAAUCCUGUGCAUAUUUACAUUAAAAUCCAUUCAAAAACCCUUUGA